GGGGGUAACUGGCUCAAGGCACUAGCACUUCUUUUACUUCGUACUAUGGCUCGUGUUAACUUCGCCUUCCUCGUGGCCUUUGUCUUGGUUGCAUUGACCACUUUGGUUUCUGCUGCUAAGGGUCCCGUCAUCUCUAACAAAGUCUACUUUGACAUUAAGCAAGGUGAUGAAACCCUUGGCCGUAUUGUCAUUGGUCUUUUUGGAAAGACUGUCCCCAAGACUGUCGAGAACUUCCGCGCUUUGGCUACCGGUGAGAACGGCUAUGGUUACAAGGACAGCACUUUCCACCGUGUCAUCAAGAACUUCAUGAUCCAAGGUGGAGAUUUCACUAAGCACGACGGAACUGGCGGCAAGUCUAUCUAUGGCGACCGUUUCCCCGAUGAGAACUUCAAGCUUCGUCACACUGGUCCUGGUCUUUUGUCUAUGGCCAAUGCCGGUAAGGAUACCAACGGAUCUCAAUUCUUCAUCACCACCGUUAAGACCGCUUGGUUGGAUGGAAAGCACGUUGUCUUCGGUCAAGUCUUGGAAGGCUUGGAUGUUGUUAAGGCUAUUGAGAACACAAAGACUGCUCGUGGUGACAAGCCCGAGGUUCCCAUUAUCAUUGCCGAUUGCGGUGAGAUUCCCGUUGAGGAAGAUGUUCACGCUGAGCUGUGACUUCCUGACGAAUCUCUUGAGGUCUCGUCCACUGGUCAAAUCGAAAAUGGCUCGAACCUGAAUAUCGUAGCUGGUAGUGUAUUAUCUUUGAUUUCCGUUGGCUGUCUCUACAAGUACAGACGAGGCAUUGUAUCGUCUUUCCAAAAAUAAACAUACAGAACUUUGAUGCAGUAUCCAUAUA